AAAAUGGGAGACGAUCGACCUUUUGUCUGCACUGCCCCAGGCUGUGGACAGAGGUUCACCAAUGAGGACCAUUUGGCAGUGCACAAACAUAAGCAUGAGAUGACGCUGAAGUUCGGACAAGCUAGAACAGACACAGUUAUUAUAGCAGAUCAGACACCCACUCCAACACGGUUUCUUAAGAAUUGUGAGGAGGUGGGUUUGUUUAGUGAGCUGGCUGGCUCCUUUGAGCAAGAUCUUCGCAAAACACAGGAGGAGGAGGAGAGGAGAAUUAAGGGCACGCUUCCAGCUCUACAGACACCCACAGAGGUUAAAGAGAGGGAGGGGCCUCUUGAGAUUGACUCCUCCCCUCCAGACAGCCCAGACUCUGCCUCCAGCAUGACAAACAGCAAAGAUACAGUUGCAAUGGCAAAAGAGCCUAUUUCUAUGAGGAAAGCCAAGGAUGUUCCUCCACGAACUGCAGCAAGUUCCACCCCUACACCAACCAUAGUGCGCCCAGGCUCACUCCCCCUUCACCAAGGAUUCGACGCCAUGAACCCAACUCAGCCCUCUCCCACCUCUGUCAUUACCAGGACCCCUCCGUCAAACAGACUCAGUUCACCGUCUGGUUCUUUUCCCAUGCUGAUGCAGCUUCCAAAUGGUCAAACUGUUCCUCUGCUGCCCAGUCCAGGGCAGACUUCAGUCAUAUCGCUGGCAAGGCCCCUGUGCAUGGUGCCCAACAUUCCAGGAAUUCCCGGCCCUCCACUAGGAGGCAGCAGCAGCGGCUCGUCUUCACCCUCAGGCUAUAACCCCCACAAUGAGGCAAAGAUGAGGUUGAAGGCAGCAUUAUCUCAGCAGAUGCCCACAGCUCAGGGUUGUCUUGGUGUGGCGAUGGGGUCCAGUGCGAUGGUCCCUCAGAGAGCGGAGCAAAGCCAGCUGCUGGUCCAGCAUCCAGACGCCCCGUCCCCUGCUCAGCCGCAGGUGUCACCCGCUCAGCCCACCGGAGGUCGCAGGCGGAGGACGGCUGAUGACGACCCCGAUGAGAGGAGGCAGCGCUUCUUGGAGCGGAACCGGGCAGCAGCUUCUCGUUGCAGACAGAAGCGCAAGAUAUGGGUCAGCUCUCUGGAGAAGAAGGCCGAAGAACUCACCUCCAUCAACGUCUCGCUGUCGAACGAGGUGUCUCACCUGCGAAACGAAGUUGCUCAUCUGAAGCAGUUGCUGUUAGCCCAUAAAGACUGUCCCGUCACCAACCUCCAAAAGAAAGCCGUCUACUUGGGCGAGGAGCACAUGAAAGAGUCGUCUGAGCCCACGGGCUCCCCGGCACCGGUCAUUCAGCACAGCUCUCUGGCCCCCAGCCCCUCGUCCGCGGUAGGCCCCAACGGCCUGAACUCCCGUGCCGCGGCAGAGGCGGUGGCCAUGUCGGUGCUGGCGGGGAUGGGCAGCCAGAGAGGGGAGAGCGGUGGGCCGUCACACGUCAUUAUGGCCACACAGUCCCACCCAUCCAGCAGAUGAUGAGAGCAGGUAAACAGUCUGCCUGGGACUCUCCGCAUCCCAGGAGAGGGGGGCAGAUCUGUGAGAGGAGAGCGCCGGUUCCCUCUCACGCCAUCACGCUCUGGCCUGGAGCUCAGCUGCAUUCUGGGAAUGAAACUGGGACUAUGUACACAUAUAGAGAAAGACAGAAGGAGAUUGUCGUUCACUAUGCCAUAGACUACGGGGGCUGGACUCCAAACCACGCUCUCAUUUGCAUCCUCUGUAACUCCUGCUCUUUCCUUCAACUUCCUCCUGCUCCUCCACUGGCUGUAGGACUGCAAAGCACUUCCUGUCAUCAAACGUAUCCCCACAGACACACGCUGCAAUACAGACAUCGUUUGAACGGUGACUGCGCACUCUGUGCAUGUCACACAUGCAGGCUGCGUCUCAGAGUUGCAACGAUGCAAUACUUUAUAUAUUCAUAUAUAUAUAUAUAUGUGUGUGUAUCAGUAAGUGUGUGCUUGAGAGAAACAUGAUGCUUUAAUGUUCUGUAGGAUCUUCUAUAGGAGGUUUUUAGUUUUCAGGUGGUCAACCCCUCUCAUCUGACCCUCGCUCAUCUUACCUCAUUUUUAACCUGUUAUAUACGUUUAUAAUCGUCGUGUGCAUGUGUGCUUCUCGUGUGGGUGUACAGUGAUGUACAAUGGAAAAUAGCAGUUUGUGAAGGACUGAUACACUAAGACUGCCUUGUUAGCAUGCAAACUUUUUUGGCUAUAUAUAAACUGUAUUGUAUUGAAACAUUGCGCUCAGUUCGGGCUAUGGAACCUCAUAGUUUGGUCCUAUCAUUGUUUUCUUGUGUACGACAAACUCAGAAACGACAAACAGCAUACUGUCCGAGGUCAUUACGUAUGAUCCUUUUUACACCCGAACCCUUGCCUUGAAAAAUCAAUAUAUUUACUGUUUUAAAUUAUGCCAUUUUCUUUCCCUGUGAUCACAGUGUUUUAAAUGCAGCUUUAGAUUGAGUUAUUUUGGCCAUUGCGAGUUCUCCUAAAGUAGUCUGUUUUUUUUUUUUUGCCCUGUCUUUUUUUUAAUUUUUUUUAUUAGUGAUUGUCUAUCCCUGCUGCUGUGUUCAUAUGGAAACCCAUUUCUGCUACAUAAGAGGGAAAAACAUAAUUAGAUAAAAUGUUAUCUAAUAUUAUUCUUAUUAGAUAGCAAAGUAAUUAUGAGAUAAAAACAUCAAGAGUAUGAUGUACUAAGUAUGACGUGCAUAAUUGUCAAAUAAAAAGUAGAAAAUACAACAUAAAUGUCAUGAUAAUGGUGUGAAAAGUCAUAACAUAGAUGGUCAAAAUUGUGCCAUAAAAAUUAAAAUUAUGAAAAAAUACAUUUUGAAAUUGAGAUUUGUUUUCUUUUAUUCCAUAAUAAUGACUUUAGUAAUUCAUUCAAGUAAAAAUUGACCCCCAAAAAGGAUAAAACGUCAUAAUUAUAUCGGUAAUCAUGUAUAUAUAUUUUUUUUUACAUGUUGCAGAAAUUGGCUUCUAUUGUACUCAAUAUCCAGAAAUACAGCCCUAGUGCCUCCCGUUCAGUCCUCUUCACGAUUGUUAAAGUUGAUAUCUUGUAACACUAUUUGUUUCUCUGGUUGCUUAUCAACUCAUGAACGUGCACGAUCCCUUAUAAACAGUUAGAAGAGAUGAGGAUUCUGCCUUAUUAAUCACACGAGUGCCUCUUUUUUGGUCAACCUCAUGCCGUGUCGCCGAGCCGACUGGUCACCUGGCAUAUUCAGGCAUCUGUACCAUCAGUUAUGCCUUUAAUAACAGCCAGAGAGCACUGCCCUUAAUUGUACGCAUAAUCUAUACUGCCACCUGGAUGUAAUAGGGUGCUAUUACAUGUAACUAGAACGGCUGCAGGGAACAAAGAGUGUCCAAUUCUACUGUUGUUUGAAUGCUGAGAAGUUUAUCCCAAGCACAUGGACUUUUUACGCCAUAUCAGACACUUUAAAAAAACAUAAGGCAGCAUAUAAACAAGGGACUAAGAUGUACUGUUGUUGCUCAAUGUAACUUGAACUUUCAUUUUCUGAUGUUAUUUGCAGUGCGUAAUGCUGCAUUAAUGCAGUGUCAGUCCAAAAUUCACAUAGGCCUGUCCAAAUGCACUAACUAACAUUUUGGGUUCGUUUUUUUUCCAGUUUGGUGUCUCGGAGAUUGUCAGCUACUCUUUCAAAUAGCGUAUCACGGUUACCACUUAACCCAUAUCUCACAAAUAACUCCUGGUUUGAGUGUUGACCCUGGCUUUUCUGUUAUAUUAUUUGCUGGCACUGUAGUCAUUCAGCCAAACCCGUAUAGAGGAUUGUUGAUCUGAAAUGAGCAGAAUAGAGAAUUUUUAGCUCAACUGGCACUUUUUCCAAGAUUUCAUUUUUUUAUUGUGCGCUGCCAGGAUUAUAGAAAUGACCUAUUAUAAUAAAUCUUGUGUGUGUGUGUGUGUGUGUGUGUGUGCGUUGUAAGACUGAAAAGUAAAUUUUUUUUUUUUUAUAGACUUUCUUUUUUCGUUCUAUUUUUGUUGUUUUAACACUUUGUACUCAAAUAUUUGUAGGUAUUUUUAUUUGUGUAGAUUAAUAAGAAUGCCUGUUCGAUUGCCCCCAUUUUGACUGAUAAUCACUUUAAAGUUGUAACAGAUAUCCGAUGGAAUUAAUGAUCCAUAAUUCCAGCAUGAUGCACAAUUAAUUUAUUAUGGAAUUAGUUAACGCAAGGCAAAUUCAAUGCAGUUCCCCUGAGAUAGAUCGAACCAAACAAGUCAUUUUUGAAUAGGAUGAUCUUAGGCUAAAGAAAAAGGAUAUUGUAUAAAAUGUUUUAAGUGUAUGUCUUUUAUGGGAAAUAACCUCACUCCAAGUUGGACUGAUAGUUUUUGGAAUUGUCCUUGUUAUGUACAUAUGUGUACCAUAUAUAUUUACUAUUUUUCAUGCAUGUUGAAGUGAAAUACUCUGAACACAGUGCUGCGGUUUUGAUUAAAC